AUGGAGAAUGGAUCCUUGGACAGCUUUCUGAGAGUGAGUUUAAAACAUUACUCAGCUAAACUAGACUUAUCUUUACACGCCAUACAACAGUACACUCUUAGAAAAAAAGGUGCUAAGUAGAACCAUACAGUGUUCUUCGGUUUGUCCCCAUAGGGGAACCCUUUUUGGUGCUAAGUAGAACCCUUUGCAGAGGGUUAUAUCUAUAACCCGCUAUGUAAGGUUCUUCAAAGAACACCCUGUAUAUGAUUCUACCUAGAACCCUCGAUGAAGGGUCCUGCCUAGCACCCUCUAUGACGGGUUCUACCAAAAACCAUUUUAUAAUCUAAAGGUUCUUCCUAGAACCGUCUAUGAAGGGUUCUACCGAGAACCAUUUUAUCUUUGGAGGGUUAUUCCUAGAACCCUCUGAACGGUUCCAACAGCCUUACUAGCCUUUAAAAUAGUAUUAUUUAUGACAAUGCAUAUAUCAUAAGGCCUUUCUUUGAGGGCCUAGUUAUGCCCUAACACAGUGGUGUUAGGAAUAUCCUGGUUUACAGGCCACAUCAGGCCUGCAAGUCACAUUAUGCUGCUUUGCAAAGUUAUGUUUUAUUCCUAUUGGAAUCCUGCCAGAGUUAGGAUAUACAACAAGUGGAAUUGUUAAUCACCUGCAACCUGCAUUCAGAAUGCCUGCCAGGGUAGGGAAGAUUGAAUACUGAGACUACCUACAUUUUUUAAACUGGAACAACCAUCUCAGUAACAGGUGCUAUAAAUCCAACAGAUUCAUAAAUCCAACAGAUUCGAUUAGUUUAGAAAACUCUAUGUUAUUUAUCUUUGUGUUGCAUAACAUUUAUCAACCAAUCAAUGCAAAAACACAGAUAUUACAGUAAAACAAACAAUUCUUAAAAUCUCUCUGCAAUAGAGCAUGCUGGGAAAUAUGAUAUAUGGUUCUAUGGAGAACCCUUCUUGUCUUCCAAAGACUCCUUCUUGGCUUCCAAAUAAUCAUCAAAGAAGCCUUUCUUCCAAAAACGGUGUGCCUGUGUGUCUGCACAGCAUCCCUUCUGAUAGAAAAGGGAGUAGCUGCAACCUUGUCCAGCUAUUUCCUCUGGUCGUAGAGUGGCCUGGCUUUUAUCACAGGGAACUGUCAUACCACACAUACACACACAUACAGACACACACACACACACACACAGUCAUCCCUCUCCUCCGCACCACAUUACUGUACCUCAUGUUUGUGUUAUGACUAUAUGACUGUAGCAGCUUUGAUCCGACUCAGCCUGUCUCUACCAGGUGGUCUGGGCUUUAUAUAGUGCCCUGGAAAACACCAUCUAUUUAGUCAAAGACUCUGGCAUGGUAUUGUCAGGCCUAUUUGGUUGUGGAAAUUAGGAUUGUACAAUUCACUUUGAAAUGACCAAGUUAAUGUCAGAGGUGAUUUGAAAGGUUAAUGUAAUUGGUUUGAAUAUUAAUAUAUGAAUGUUCCGCUGUAUUUCGAGUGGCGCAGUGGUCAAAGGCACUGCAUUGCAGUGCUAGCUGUGCCACUAGAGAUCCUGGUUCGAAUCCAGGCUCUGUCGUAGCCGGCCGUGACCGGGAGACCCAUGGGGCGGCGCGCAAUUGGCCCAGCGUCGUCCAGGGUAGGGGAGGGAAUGGCCGGCAGGGAUGUAGCUCAGUUGGUAGAGCAUGGCGUUUGCAACGCCAGGGUUGUGGGUUCGAUUCCCACAGGGGGUAUGAAAAAAUAAAAAAUAAUGUAUGCACUAACUGUAAGUCGCUCUGGAUAAGAGCGUCUGCUAAAAUGUAAAUGUCAUAUUCAUUCUGUUUUUCAAUCCAGUCUCAUCUGUUUUAGAGGUAUGACAUUCCACUUGUGACUGAUUCUAUAUCUGUUUCGCUCUCUCUCUCUCUCUCUCUCUCUCUCUCUCUCUCUCUUCCCCUUCUCUCUUCAACCCUCUUCCUCCUCUGCCUGCUCCUUAAAGAAACACGAUGCCCAGUUUACUGGUAUCCAGUUGGUGGGCAUGCUGCGUGGCAUUGCGUCGGGCAUGAAGUACCUGUCUGACAUGGGCUACGUCCACAGAGACCUGGCCGCCCGCAACAUUCUGGUCAACAGCAACCUGGUGUGUAAGGUGUCUGACUUCGGCCUGUCCAGAGUCCUGGAGGAUGACCCCGAGGCUGCUUACACCACACGGGUAAGACAUGUUUGUUGGAUUUAUCAAUGAGAACAGAUGGGUUUAAUAGUUGUUUGUGACAGAGACAGGAUAAUAUCCACAGCAAAUUUGCAAGUGUUAAAAUAUUGGUGUUAAGGUAAAAAGUGAGUGUUAUAUCUGAGUGUUGAUUCUACAUGCGGUAAAUAAAUGAAGUGUUAUUUGAAUCACAGUGGAAUCAACACUGGUGUUGUUACUCGAGUGUGUUGAGUUCAUUUACGUUAACUCUCUAAAUGAAAAAGACGUGGGAGGGGCCUCAUGCUUUGUUGCAGGUAGAUUUUUAGAAUAGUUUGUUUUAAUAUCUAUGUUUCUGCAUGCACAUUGAUUGAUUAGUUGAUCUUAUACUAUGCAAAGAUAAAUAACUAAAACAAUUCUAAACUAGUCCAAUGUGUAAGGGUUUGGAUUUAUUGCACCCGUUACUGAGAUGGUUGUUCCAGUUUAGAUGGUUUAGGUAGUCUUGUUUGUCUAGUCCUUCACCAUAGCAGUCAUUCUGAAUGCAGGUUGUGGGUGAUAAAAUAUUCCAAGUGUUGGAUAUCCAACUUCACAAACCAUCUUAUUGUGACUUGCAGGUCUGAUGUGGCCCAUGAGCCAAGAUUUUCAGACCACAAUGUUGAGGAUAACUAGGCUAUAAGUAAAGGCCUUAUGAAAUGUCUAAUAUGUGGUCAUGAAGGGUUUACUUUUCAAACACACUUAGGCAGUCACUUGGUGUAGGCUUCAGGACUAGAAGUUAUGGAAUGCAACAACCAUGUCUCUGUCACUAGCAAAUACAGUAAUGGGUGGGUAUCUCUCACAUUCACAUGAAAGGAAUCCUGGGAAAUAUGCAAAUAAGGAUUUACAACCUCCAAUGUUAAAACAACACCCCCCCAAAACAAAUAUAUAAUAAUGUAUAAUGUAAUGCUACAGUUGUUAUUCCCUAACACAAAAAAAGUGUAACAGCAUCAACUCUAAUAAAGUGUUAAUUUAAGUUGGAAUUUGCAACACCCAUGGUGUUAAGGACCAACACUCUAUGGGUGUUAGUUUGUGAACACUUUGAAAAGUGUUAGUUUAACACUAUUUUGGUGGGUCACAUAUAAUUUCUAAGAAAGUGUUAGGUUUAACACUGUGGGUGUUAAAAUUCUGAUCUCAAAUUUGCUGUGUGGGGUGAGAGUCUGCCAUGUACUGUAAGAACCCCCUCUGUCCAUAACUCUGGUGUCUAAUAGUGAGUGGACAGGUUGCUGUGGACAGAGAUAAUGGUUAUCACGGUCAGACAUAGCUGAGCUGACCAACCUCUGUCUCAGGUGUACACAGAAGGGCAUCUCUCCACACAACAAAUUAGAGAUCAGAAUGUUUUAACAUCCACAGUGCUAAAUCUAACACUUACUUAGUGUGACCCACCAAAAGAGUGUUAAACUAACACCAAGUGAGUGCCUUAUUGAAUAUUUUGUCAUAAAACAUCUAUUAUUUAUGACAAUACAUAAAAAAGUUUGACAAUACCAUACUUCGACAGCCUAGUUUUACCCUAACACAGUGGUCUGAAACUUCUGGUUUGCAGGCCACAUCACAUCGGCAAGUCAUAUUAUGCUGGCUUUCAAAGUGUUAUAUAAUUCCUAUUGGAAUCCAGCCAGAGUUAGGACAUCCAACAAUUUGAACUUUUAAUCACUCGCAAUCUACAGUUAGAAUGACUGCUAAGGUAGGGAAGAUUGAUAAAUGAGACUACCUAAACCUUCUAAACUGGAACAACCAUCUCAAUAACGAGUGAAAUAAGUCUAACCACUUACAGAUUGGAUUAGUUUAGAAAAAUGUAUGUUAUUUAUCUUUGUGCAGUAUAAGAUCAAUUAAUCAAUCAAUGUUCAUGCAGAAACAUAGAUAUUAAAACAAACUAUUCUAAAAAGCAAUCUCCAACAAAGCAUGCUGGGAAAUAUGAUAAUGACAUGUCUUUUUCACUCUGAGAGAGUUAACGAAAAUUAAUUCAAAACAGUUGAGUAGCAACACCACCACCUUGUUAACACUUCGCCAGGUGGCGUCAAUUUCAAAUCCCACUGGCGUUAACCCCACUAGAAUCAGCACUCAGCUGUAACACUUUUUACCUCAACACCAAGAUUUUAACACCCGCAAAUUUGCUGUGUAUCGCUCACUCCCUUUCUGUCGCUCUAUCUCCCCCUCGCCAGCACUCUCUGUGAAUACAUGCUGUCCAUGAGACAAAUCACCUCAUAUGUCACAUACACAUGCACAGACACACACACCGACACACAAACGUCUGGCCUCUCAGCAGUGCGGAACGGGACAGCCAGUACAUAAAUAAAAUCAGGGCGAGAUAACGGCAACAUAAAUGUUUGUGUUCUCCUGAAGGAUUAUGGGAAAGGAAUGACAAACAUAGUAGAUAAGCAAAAUCAAGAGGGCUUUGUAUCCAACCUAUCCCCAUAACAUUGUGUGUGUGUGUGUGUGUGGUCACCUUGUGGCCUGACAUUAGUAUGCAGGGCUCUGCUUCAGACCCCCAUGUUAAAUAAACACUCACAGAGACUUCACUCCCACAAACUCAUGACCUAAAAUAUGCUGAUAGACUUCCCCUAGUGUGUCACUAGUAAUAGAGCUGAGUUCCCAUCCAUUCUACAGUUAUGAAUGUAUCAGACCCAGUAGGCCGUUGCCUCUCCCUCCCUCUUCUGUCAGACCACUCUGCUGUUCUGUCAGCCCUGUCUGUGUCUCAGUGGUGUCAUACUGUACCAUCAUUAGAGGUAUAGUCCUUGUUCUCCUGAGGCUGGCUGGGUUUAUAUAAACUCACAAUGGAUGUAUUUAUUUGUGUGUGUUUGUGUGUGUGUGUGCGCGUGUGUGUGCACAUCUGUGUGUGUGCGUGUGUGUGUGCACAUCUGUGUGUGGUGUGUGUGUGUGUGCUCCUGCGUGCAUGUGUGACAUCACUGGGGCCGAACUCCCUGCCAUCCAGGACCAGGCGGUGUCAGAGGAAGGCCCGAAAAACAGCCAAAGAAUCCAGCCAUCCAAGUCAUAGACUGUUCACUCUGCUACCGUCCGGCAAACGGUACCGGAGCAUCUGCUCUCGGACCAACAGGCUCUAAAUAGCCAUAAGACUGCUAAAUAGUCAAUUUAAUGGUUACACAGGCUAUCUGCACUGACCCUAUCUUGCACUGACUCUAUCCACACUCACAAGACUAUACACUGAGUGCACAAAACAUUAUGAACACCUGCUCUUUCCAUGGCAUGGACUGGCCAGGUGAAUCCAGUUGAAAGCUAUGAUCCCUUAUUGAUGUCACUUGUUAAAUCCACUUCAUCAGUGUAGAUGAAGGAGAGGAGACAGGUUAAAGAAGGAUUUUUAAGCCUUGAGACAAUUGAGACAUGGAUUGUGGGUGUGUGCCAUUCAGAGGGUGAAAGGGCAAGACAAAAUAUUUGAAGGGGGUGUGGUUGUAGGUGCCAGGCACACAGGUUUGUGUCAAGAACUGCAACGCUGCUAGGUUUUUCACGCUCAACAGUUUGACGUGUGUAUCAAGAAUGGUCCACCACCCAAAGGACAUUUCAGACAACUUGAAACAACUGUGGGAUGCAUUGGAGUCAACAUGGGCCAGCAUCCCUGUGGAAAGCUUUCGACACCUUGUAGAGUCCAUGCCCCGACGAAUUGUGGCUGUUCUGAGGGCAAAAGGGGGUGCAACUCAAUAUUAGGAAGGUGUUCUUAAUGGUUUGUACACUCAGUGUAUACGCACACCACACUUACUCACACACACACUACACUGACACACAAAACCCACACACAUUCACAUACGCCCACACAAACAUAAUACACACACGCAUACCGACACAAUGCACACACAAACACACACACUUUUACACUCAUCAUAUGCUACUGCUACUCUGUUCUUUAUUUUACUCUUAGGGAGGGAACGUUAUUUAUAAUAAUGGUUACGUGGAGAAAAUCUGACCUCUGAAAUGAAAAUGGAUGGCCCUUCCUUCAGCAACAUAUAUUUUACCUAAACCCUCCCUGAACGCUUGAAAAAAAACUAGUCACCCUCGCCUAUACCCAAAAUAAUAAUUGAAACAAAGUGGAUAGCAAAGAACGUGUCUACCAUUUACCCCCACUUCUUGGACAGACCAGAGCCUUAGAUAUGCAGUUUUAGAAACUGUUCUUCAUCUUGUAAGCGUUACAUGGCAACGCAGGAUUUUUGAUUGUGCACAGGGCUGAAGGCCAGUGUCACGUUCGUCGUAAUAAGUGGACCAAGGCGCAGCGUGAUAUGCGUACAUACUUUUAAUAGUACUUAAUACACGAUACAACAAAACAACAAAACGAAACGUGAAGUCCUCGGUUAACAAACACAAACCUACACGGAACAAGAUCCCACAAAUGACAAGUGCACAACAGGCUGCCUAAGUAUGGUUCCCAAUCAGAGACAACAAGACACAGCUGCCUCCGAUUGGGAACCACCCUGGCCAACACAGAAACACACGAUCUAGAAAAGAACACAUAGAAAACAAAACAUAGACACUACACAUAUAAACUAACACCCUGGCUCAACAUAUAAGAGUCCCCAGAGCCAGGGCGUGACAGCCAGAAGGUUGUGGGUUCGCAGACCAGCGUGGACAAGAGUAGGGGUGGAGAGAUCUCCUUUAUAGUAAUUGCAUUAAUCUAUCAUCGUAUUUGCAGGUCUGAGAAAAAUAGCCUUUUACAAACAUUUCAUGCAAUUCUACGUCCUUUCACAAAUAAGGCUAAGAAUGGACAGUGUGUUCAUCUUAUCAUAUUUCUCCAAUGCAAAAUCAGUGAGUCUUGUUUGCAACGAAACUGUCCCUGUUUGCAAAUAAUUAAAUCUGAGACGUUAUGAGGAAUCUGAGCAUGGUACUUUCAAAAGUUGGACCUACCUUUCCACCCCAGACAGAGUAGGCCUACCGACACAGAAAACGUUAAGCUUUAACUGCUUGCUACUCUUCUUCCAUGGCUUAACCCAAUGAGAGAAAGUCUUUCCCUAAAAGCUGUCAAGGUUUGUACAUCUUCUAUUGUACAGAAAGUGAAUAGCUUAAUCAAUUGAUAGUGACAGAAUUAGAGUACUUCCCAAGCAAAGUCAGCCUCUGAAUAUCAAAGAAACGGAACAAUGAUAUCCCCAUAUGCAGCGGAGUCACGUCUUUCCCAAGUAUUUUACAGCAUGUUUCUAGCAUAAAGCAUCGCAGAUCAAAGUGCUGUUAUAAAUCACUUUAUAUAAUCGGAUCUGUUUUAUUUUCUUCGAACUCUAAACUAACAAGGGGUAGGCCUGUGCUUUUUGCCAUUUUCUUUAAUAAAUGUAGGUUUUGGUUUAACUUAACAACCCUUCACUGACACGGAGAUAGGCUAUAUAGAGAGUGCAUGGUGGGUGGAGGAAUUGACCAACAAAUCUAUGGAUAUAGCAGCCUAUAGCUUCAUUUUGUCUGUCGAACAGGUAGUCCAAUCUAUUAUUUCUUAAAUAGGAAGAAAUGGCUACAACACAAAGCCCUCUUGAUGUUAGUAAAGUCUAAUGAAAAUGAAGACGAUUGAAAUGAAUUAUGCCUACUCGAAUUUGCCUACUUUCAGCACCAUGACCUGUCAUUUUCGAUUGAUUGUGCCGCGGCUGCUACUUCAAGUUUCAGCACCACAAUGUAAGUUACUAGAAUCUGGCUUAUUGUGAGGUCAAUAACUCUGAUAAAUACAUCAUGGGCAAGAAACAUAUUGUUUUUAUAAAUUCAAUUAUACAGUGAGGGAAAAAAGUAUUUGAUCCCCUGCUGAUUUUGUACGUUUGCCCACUGACAAAGAAAUGAUCAGUCUAUAAUCUUAAUAGUAGGUUUAUUUGAACAGUGAGAGACAGAAUAACAACUAAAAAAGCCAGAAAAACGCAUGUCAAAAAUGUUAUAAAUUGAUUUGCAUUUUAAUGAGGGAAAUAAGUAUUUGACCCCCUCUCAAUCAGAAAGAUUUCUGGCUCCCAGGUGUCUUUUAUACAGGUAAUGAGCUGAGAUUAGGAGCACACUCUUAAAGGGAGUGCUCCUAAUCUCCGCUUGUUACCUGUAUAAAAGACACCUGUCCACAGAAGCAAUCAAUCAAUCAGAUUCCAAACUCUCCACCAUGGCCAAGACCAAAGAGCUCUCCAAGGAUGUCAGGGACAAGAUUGUAGACCUACACAAGGCUGAAAUGGGCUACAAGACAUUCACCUAGCAGCUUGGUGAGAAGGUGACAACAGUUGGUGCGAUUAUUCGCAAAUGGAAGAAACACAAAAGAACUGUCAAUCUCCCUCGGCCUGGGGCUCCAUGCAAGAUCUCACCUCGUGGAGUUGCAAUGAUCAUGAGAACGGUGAGGAAUCAGCACAGAACUACACGGGAGGAUCUUGUCAAUGAUCUCAAGGCAGCUGGGACCAUAGUCACCAAGAAAACAAUUGGUAACACACUACGCCGUGAAGGACUGAAAUCCUGCAGCGCCCGCAAGGUCCCCCUGCUCAAGAAAGCACAUAUACAGGGCCGUCUGAAGUUUACCAAUGAACAUCUGAAUGAUUCAGAGGAGAACUGGGUGAAAGUGUUGUGGUCAGAUGAGACCAAAAUCGAGCUCUUUGGCAUCAACUCAACUCGCCGUGUUUGGAGGAGGAGGAAUGCUGCCUAUGACCCCAAGAACACCAUCCCCACCGUCAAACAUGGAGGUGGAAACAUUAUGCUUUGGGGGUGUUUUUCUGCUAAGGGGACAGGACAACUUCACAGCAUCAAAGGAACGAUGGACGGGGCCAUGUACCGUCAAAUCUUGGGUGAGAACCUCCUUCCCUCAGCCAGGGCAUUGAAAAUGGGUCGUGGAUGGAUAUUCCAGCAUGACAAUGACCCAAAACACACGGCCAAGGCAACAAAGGAGUGGCUCAAGAAGAAGCACAUUAAGGUCCUGGAGUGGCCUAGCCAGUCUCCAGACCUUAAUCCCAUAGAAAAUCUGUGGAGGGAGCUGAAGGUUCGAGUUGCCAAACGUCAGCCUCGAAACCUUAAUGACUUGGAGAAGAUCUGCAAAUAGGAGUGGGACAAAAUCCCUCCUGAGAUGUGUGCAAACCUGGUGGCCAACUACAAGAAACGUCUGACCUCUGUGAUUGCCAACAAGGAUUUUGCCACCAAGUACUAAGUCAUGUUUUGCAGAGGGGUCACAUACUUAUUUCCUUCAUUAAAAUGCAAAUCAAUUUAUAACAUUUUUGACAAAUGCGUUUUUCUGGAUUUUUUGUUUGUUAUUCUGUCUCUCACUGUUCAAAUAAACCUACCAAUACAAUUAUAGACUGAUCAUGUCUUUGUCAGUGGGCAAACGUACAAAAUCAGCAGGGGAUCAAAUACUUUUUUCCCUCACUGUAGUUGUAGCAGGCUAUCAAAGUUGACCUCCGGUCCUCCUCCUCAUCUUCGCGCUCUCCUUCUCAAACUGAACAGAACAUAGGCUAUAGACAAGUCUGUGUGCAAGAUAGUGAAUUUUUGGGACUAGGCCUAGUCAAAAAUCAUCUUUGUGUCUUCUCCUGAACUGCCACCGUAGCCCUACACAGCAUAGCCAUUGGAUAGGCAGCAUACAAAAACUUUUUUGAUCAGUAAGAGCAGAGCAGUGUGUAAUGCACCCUAGUUUUAUCUACAUCAUCCCAGCAGCUAUCUUAGAAAUAUAACUUUGAUCUGUGGUUCUCUGAGCAUACACUUCGUAGCCUAUAGGCUUUGGAUCAUUUGAUUGAGACCACACUUAUAGGCGCAAUUGAUAUUCAUGCUCUUUCCAUGACAUAGGCUGACCAGGUGAAUCUAGGUGAAAGCUAUGAUCCCUUAUUGAUGUCACCUGUUAAAUCCACUUCAAUCAGUGUAGAUGAAGGGGAGGAGACAGGUUAAAGAAGGAUUUUUAAGCCUUAAGACUUAAAAGUGUUGUUGUUGUUUUUAUCGCACUGCUUUGCUUUAUCUUGGCCAGGUCACAGUUGUAAAUGAGAACUUGUUCUCAACUGGCUUACCUGGUUAAAUUAAAUUAAAUUUAAAAAGACAGUUGAGACAUGGAUUGUGUGUGUGCCAUUCAAAAUGUUUAAGUGCCUUUGAACAGGGUAUGGGAGUAGGUGCCAGGCGCACUGGUUUGAGUGUGUCAAGAACUGCAAUGCUGCUGGGUUUUUCAUGCUCAACAGUUUCCCGUGUGUUUCAAGAAUGGUUCACCACCCAAAGGGCAUCCAGCCAACUCGGCACAACUGUGGGAAGUAUUAGAGUCAACAUGGGCCAGCAUCCCUGUGGAACACUUUCGACACCUUGUAGUCCGUGCCCCGACGAAUUGAGGCUGUUCUAAGGGCAAAAGGGGGAGCAACUAAAUAUUAGGAAGGUGUUCGUAAUGUUUUGUACACUCAAUCUAUAGCCUAAUAAGCAACUAAUUCUAAAACACUGAGAAAUAUUGAAACGUUCUAAAUACAAAUUACAUGACCCUCCCCUGGACUAGAUUAAAAAUAAUACUAAAUCCUCCCCUUGAUUGAAAUUGAAAAAGCCUGACCCUCCCCCAUUUUUUCUCCAGGUAACCAUUAUGUAAAUGUUGAUCCAUCCCUAAUUAUUAUCUAUCCUAAUGCCUAGUCACUUUACCCUGCAUUCAUGGACAUAUCUACCUCAAAUACCUCAUACCCCUGCACAUUGAUCUGGUACUGGUACUCCCUGUAUAUAGCUCCAUUCUUGUGUAUUUUAUUCAUUUAUAUUUAAGUAAUUUAUCAGAUGCUCUUAUCCAGAGCGACUUACAGGAGCAAUUAGGGUUAAGUGCCUUGCUCAAGGGCACGUCGACAGAUUUUUCACCUAGUCGGCUUGGGGAUUAGAACCAGCAACCUUUCAGUUACUGGCACAACGCUCUUAACCACUAAGCUACCUGCCGCCCUUAUUUCUCUUGUGUUACUAUUUUUCUUUUUAUUAAUAUUUUAUAACUCUGCAUCGUUGCGAAGGUCUCAUUGGUAAAGUCUACGCCUGUUGUAUUUUGGCGCAUGUGACAAAUAACAUUUGAUAUGAUUUGAUUUGUGAGGGCAGAAGUGGUUUGUUUUCUGAGGGCUGUGUUUAGAGAGAGCUGGCCAGGAGUUGUGUGACUUGGCCAGGAGGUGUGUUAGUGUUGGCUCCUCUUUUCUUCUCUCCGCUCCUUUCUUUCCCUCUCCUCCAUUGGCAUGACGCAGGCUAAGACUUGAGUAAGUUUAGCAGCCCCCUGAGGGUAGGCACAGAGCAGGAGAAACACAGGGUCAGCCUACAGCCCCCCUCUCUACCUCUCUUUCCCUCUCUCUACCUCUAUUCCUCUAAUGCUUUUUCCCUCUCCACCAGGUGAAAACAGUGGGGAUGGAACAAGGCCCUGCAGUUCUGGAGGCUGGGGCUAGAACCUAGACCCCUCUCCCUCUCCCAUCUCUCUUUCCCUCUCUCUUUAUAUCCAUUUUCAGGUCAAACAUAACCGAAAGUAAAUCAUGAAGUCGGCAAAUCAGGAGUUUGAUAUCUAGAACGAUAGGACCCUUCCUCCAUCUUCGUUUCCUCUCGUAAUCCAUGAGAGCAAAGCAGAGACGAGAGAGGAGAACAGAAGCGGCAAGAGAGUGAAGAGGGAGCCAGAGGCAGGUACGAAGAGUAGGAGAAGGGAGAGAGAGAGAGACGAGAAGAGAGAGAGAGAGCGAGAGAGGGAGCGGGAGAGAGAGCGAGAGAUGCGAGAGAGACUGAGAGUCUAUCCCUUCGUUCUAUUAAUCUGAUGCUCGUCCUAGAUCUUCUUUCUUCUCUAUCUCUUUCUAGGGAGGUAAGAUCCCUAUCAGGUGGACAGCUCCAGAGGCCAUCUCCUACAGGAAGUUUACCUCGGCCAGCGACGCCUGGAGCUACGGCAUCGUGCUCUGGGAAGUGAUGUCAUACGGGGAGCGACCUUACUGGGAGAUGUCCAAUCAGGACGUGAGUACACAGCUGUCGCCAAGGAGAUCUAAUGAACUUCCUGCUGAGAGAGGAAAUGAUGCGUAGAGUGGCCAGGUGGUGGACUGAGCCUGAGGCCUGAUGGCCUGGACCAGAAAUACAGCUCUAGCACCUGAGCUGACACACGCGCGUACGCACACACACACCACACAAAAAUGCAGCAUUGUCACCUGAGCACAGCACUCAGAGAGAGACAGAGGGAGGGCUACUAUCAUGAGCGGCUGCACAGUCAGCACUUCUGCCAGUACAGUACUGUCUCACUACCAGCUCUCCAACUCCCCUGGACUAUAAUAACACCUCCAUCUCUACCACCCACUGACACACUGUACUGCCUCCUCCUAUGUACUGUCCUGCGGCACACCUAAUUAUCUCUCUCACUCUCGCUCUCUCUCCUCCGCUCUCUCCCCCUCUCGCUCUCUCCCCCCUCUUCUCUCUCUCUCUCUCGCUCCCCCUCUUCUCUCUUUCUCUCUCUCUCUUUCUCUCCCUCCCUCUCUCUCCCCCUCUCUCUCUCUCUCUCUCUCUCGCUCUUUCUCUCGCUCUUUCUGUCUCUCUCUCUCUCUCUCUCGCUCUCUCACUCUCUCGCUCUCUCUCUCGCUCUCCCUCUCUCUCUCUCUCUCUCGCGCUCUCUCUCCCCUCUUCUCUCUCUUUCUCUCUGUCCCUCCCUCCAGGUUAUCAAAGCAGUAGAUGAGGGCUACAGACUGCCUCCUCCUAUGGACUGUCCUGCUACUCUGUACCAGCUGAUGUUGGACUGCUGGCAGAAGGAGAGGAACAAUAGACCCAAGUUCGAACAGAUCGUCAGCAUCCUGGAUAAACUCAUACGCAAUCCUGGGAGCCUGAAGAUCACAGCCAACACCUCACCCAGGUACUAUAAACAUCUACACAUCAUGCUCUCAACCCUGACCUCUGACCCCUGAACCCUAACCCAACCCUGGCAGCCAACACAUCAUCCAGGUACUAUACAUAGUGACGGAAAAGAAAGCCAGACAUUUCAUAGGCUCCUUUUUUCUGAUUCAUAUACAGUCAAUGAACUAAGUAGACCAGACCCAGCUGCUAUCGCAUUGGUGCCUAUGUGAGAGCCACCCCGUAAGUAGACCGGAACUGUGACCAUUUUUUGUAAAUAGCCUUUAUGGGAUAUCUUCAUUUAUCCACCAUCUUUACUAUACAGAUCUAAACUUAACAGCUAGCCAUACUCAGUUGUUUUAGUGUUAGACAAUGUGACGUCUUUCUCAUCCACUCAACCCCCAUGCACCUGCCCCCCUAACUCACAGCUGUACCUCUCUGCUCCUCCCCCAUGCACCUGCCCCCCUAACUCACAGCUGUACCUCUCUGCUCCUCUCCCAUGCACAUGGCUCUUUCCCCCCUUUAACGCCUAAUCACUGCACCUGACUCAUUACCCCUCUCCCACACACCUGGCUCAAUACGGAUGGACAUAUCGAACAUAUCCACUCCCCACAGAACAUCCUGCUCAUUAGUGACAGCAGCGACAGGAAACACUGUCCUCCACCCUGGGACUCGUUUAUCCCUUCCUCGCUUUUAGUUUCUUUCUCUCUAUCACACGCUUCCCCUUCUGCUGGCCUUCAAUGUUACUGAUACUGUCUCUACCUCGCCUUACAACCAAGGUGCAAGACCUUGGUGGAUCUAUAAAAUAUAUAAACCACAUUUGAAUCACAAACGAUAGCAACCCCAUAUUGUAAUAGAGGCCUCAUAGAAGGUGUUCCUCCACCUCUGUUAAUGUGUUAGGUCAAGAUAGUGGUGUAUAGGCCUAAUGGGAGUGUUGUAUGUACAGUAUUAUGGAACAGACCCCUAUAGGGGAGAUAAGUUAUAUAGUAUGGGACAGAUCCCUAUAGGGGAGAACAUCUAUAUAGUAUGGGUCAGAGCCCUAUAGGGGAGAUCAUUUAUAUAGUAUGGGACAGACCCCUAUAGGGGAGAGCAUUUAUAUAGUAUAGGACAGACCCCUAUAGGGGAGAGCAUCUAUAUAGUAUGGGUCAGAGCCCUAUAGGGGAAAGCAUUUAUAUAGUAUGGGUCAGAGCCCUACAGGGGAGAGCAUUUAUAUAGUAUGGGACAGAUCCCUAUAGGGGAGAGCAUCUAUAUAGUAUGAGACAGACCCCUAUAGGGGAGAGCAUUUAUAUAGUAUGGAACAGACCCCUAUAGGGGAGAGCAUCUAUAUAGUAUGGGACAGAUCCCUAUAGGGGAGAGCAUUUAUAUAGUAUGGGACAGAUCCCUAUAGGGGAGAGCAUCUAUAUAGUAUGGGACAGAUCCCUAUAGGGGAGAGCAUCUAUAUAGUAUGGAACAGACCCCUAUAGGGGAGAGCAUUUAUAUAGUAUGGAACAGACCCCUAUAGGGGAGAGCAUUUAUAUAGUAUGGGACAGACCCCUAUAGGGGAGAGCAGUAUUAUCUUAACAUUGUUCUCAUUAUGGGCCCAAACCUGAUUGUAUAUAGACCCAGUUAGUGGUGACAUGGACCACACAGAGGCUGUCAUAAACAAACACUUCCUGUUUCCCGUGUACACAGGAUGUUAGGAUCUCACUCUAACUGACCCUGUGUGGUCAGGCCUCUGAGUAUGGACUCUACAAGGUGUCGAAAGUGUUCCACAGGGAUGCUGGCCCAUGUUGACCACAAUGCUUCCCACAGUUGUUAAGUUGACUGGAUGUCCUUUGGGUGGUGGACCAUUCUUGAUAAACAUGGGAAACUGUUGAGCAUGAAAAACCCAGCAGCGUUGCAGUUCUUGACACACUUAAACCGGUGUGCCUGGCGCCUACUACCAUACCCUGUUCAAAGGCACUAAAAAUAUUUUGUCUUGCCCAUUCACCCUCUGAAUGGCACACAUACACAAUCCAUGUCUCAAUUGUCUCAAGGCUUAAACAUCCUUCUUUAACAUGUCUCCUCCUCUUCAUCUACACUGAUUGAAGUGGAUUUAACAAGUGACAUCAAUAAGGGAUCAUAGCGUUCACCUGGAUUCACCUGGUCAGUCUGUCAUGGAAAGAGCACUCAGUGUAUUAUCUCCUUCUUUCUCUCACUAAACAACACCUCCUGAUAUUCCUCCUUUCUUUUACUCUCUCCUUUUUACAUGCUGUACAAUAUCCCUAAUACUCUUUCCUCUGUUUUUUCUUUUUUCCCUCCCUUUGUUUUGACCACUGUGGGACUGAGGCAUUGCUGUAGCCUGUGUAGAGUGGCCUUGGGCGGGCAGGGAGGAGGCAGGGAGGAGGCAGGGAGGAGGGGAGGCUAGAGCUGGAACAGGGGAGGGAGGGAGGCGGUGGGUUGGUGGAACAGACGUUCCUGGUAUUAUGGAGACGUCGGAGCUCAUAACGUUGACUAAUGGUUUGUUAAGAAAGUGAAAAUGAGUCCCUGGGAGUUUGCAUGUAAUUUUCCUGAUUGGCUUUUAACACUGGGCUGAGCGCAGGGUGAGAGGGGUGGAAGCAGGAGGGGGAGAGACGGAGGACAAGGUGAUUUAUGGGAGUGUGCGUGUGCGUGUGCGUGCGUGCCGCUAUACCGCAGGAGCAGCUGUGUUCGGCCUCACACACCUAAUAUGUCUCUGGGCUGCACUGACUAAUGGAGAUCCCAUCCCCCACAGGCCCAGAUCAAAGCUGUAGCUAGAGUACAUUGUCUGGGGACCUGGGGUGAGAGUUUGAGUCUAUGGGGCGAAAGGGAGAGAAUCUUAGUGCAGGAGUACCUUAACAGGCCAAAGGCGAGUGAGGAGAGGGCUUGAAUACAGGGUGUCCGAGGAGUGAAAAGGACUGAAGAUAUGAGAAGAGGGGGGUUUGGGAUUUGGGUUUGAUGAGUAUGAGCUUAGAGGGCUAUAGAGAGUGGCCUGGGGCCUUAUUUAUCAACCGUGCUUACAUUUCUUACAAAAUUCUGGCGUACGUGGUGAUUCUAUGAUUUGCGUGCGCAACAAAAUAUUGGGAUUUAUUGAACUGUCGCACGCAACAUAUACACAUGUUUUGCAUUGAUAAAUCAGAGCCAUUCUAUAUUUCUGUGCUCGUGAACGACCGCUACAACCUUGCCUGGAAAACGCCCUGGUAACAAAAAGCCUUAAUUUGCUGUAUAAUUUGGAAAUGUUGGAACUGGGCCAUGUCAAUUUCUACAAGAAACUGUAAUUGCACAUUUCUGUAGAUGUGUGGGCAGAAUGUUUUCAUCUUUUGCAGUGACUUUUUCAAACAAAAAAUGCAUGCCGCCUAUAGCGAGUGCCAAACACUGGCCGCGCACACUGCAUGAUUGAUUGUCUAGUCAAACAAUUUAAAAGUACAUUCUACAGCCCACACUUCUAUGCAGAAGACUUGGUUCAUCAUUUUGUUCAUUUUGUCUGUCAAUACAUGAUUGUGUUUCUAUCUCCUGUCUUGGUAUAGGCUCUGAGAUGAAAUAUGGUAGGCUACAGUAUGAUGUCACGCUCCUGUCUUACAGCAAUACUGCAGCCUAGGCCUACCCAUACUGGCUAGGCAGCCAUACUCAACAGACGGACCGCAGUCCGGAUCCGGUCCCUGAACGGGGUUAAUAUGGACCGUUGGUUUUUAGGAACCUAGUUGGGCUUUCGAUUUAUUGCGGUUAAUAGUAGAAUACACAAGGUGCAAUUUCGAAAUUUGGUAGUGCAUGGACAGUUUUCCUCUUGUUAUGUCAUUCACUAACAAAUCUUAGAAAGCUAUUUAUAACCUGUCAGAAAUUCAGUUGAUCAACUAGCCCAUGUUAACUAGGUAGGUAAAUUAGGCUAAGCAGCUAUCUAAAUCUUGUAGUUUUAUCAUGGCCAGAUUAUGUGCCCAUUGGAGCCUCGACCCCCAGGGGGCCCCAUUGAUUUUGUUGACUCACUUGGGUAUCAUAUGAACACACAUAAGACAUGGCAAAAUGUGUAGAAUUGCAGGAAAUUAGCUUUAAAACUACAAAAUGUUCUCUCCGCUCAUGACAAAAUGUGUAGAAUUGCAGGAAAUUAGCUUUAAAACUACAAAAUGUUCUCUCCGCUCAUGGCAAAAUGUGUAGAAUUGCAGAAAAUGUGCUUAAAAACUGCAACAUUUUCUUUCCGCCAACAAGAGGGGUGUGAACAGUUUAGGGUCGCAUGUAUCUAUCCAGACCUAUGCUACCUAGGAAAUGUGUGUGACCGGACCUUCUCAAAUAGUAGUUGAGUACCCCUGGUCUAGGCUACCGCCGGUCUAUUUACUUUUGACCAUGCUUGGCUAUUGAAUGAGCAAUCGAUAAAUGGUAGCCUAAUAUUUGUUGUGUAGUGGGAAUAAACCAGUCAUGUCAGAAAAUAUGAUUAUGAGUUAGGCCCAAGUCAAAGAAACAUAGGCUACAUGCUGCUAUGGAAUCUCCUUACCAAUGGCAAAUGCAUCUAUUUUAUCAUCAUGUUUUUAUGUUUUUAUUAGCUUAUCAUUAUUAUAAUUCCCUUGUGUGAAACGCCUCUGUUUCCCCAAAAAUAACAAUAUAUGCUUGUAAUACAAUUAUUUAACCACUAGAAUUUGUGCGUAAGCAUGGUCUGAGAUUUGUGUGGAGAUACGCACACUUUCCCGUCAAGUUAAAAUUGGAUAAAUACCAACCUUUGCAGGAAAAGUGGCGCACCCAAGGUUUAGAGUCUUGUGUGCGUACGCACCUUGGAUAAAUGAGGCCCCUUGUGAAGGGGGAUGGGGAAAGGGAGGUGUGGAAAAAGGGAUGAGCGAAGUGGGGAAAAGGGGAGAUACAGAUGGCCAGAUGGAGAGAGGAAUGGAGGGGUGGAAGAAUGGCGGGGUGGAGGGCUGGGGAGUAGACUGGGAGAAGCCCAGCAGAGCCAUUUCAGUUCCCCUCACAGUGAGAGUUGCAUUCCUCUCCUCUCUUCUCCUCCUCUCCUGUCCUCCACCAAGAUGCCCAGAUGUCAACCUCUCCUCCGCCUCCUCGUUCCCAUAUCCUUAUCUCCUCCUCUUUUUAUCCUUCUCUCCCUUUCUCCAUCUCUCCCUCUGCUCCUCUGAGAGCCUUAAAAACAUGCUCCUACAGAGCAGUGGUCUUUCAGAAAUCAGUGGAAAACAGACAGAGAGAAAACGGACAGAAAAAGGAGGAGGGAGAAGAAGACAGGGACGGUGGAAUUUAUCUUUGCUUUCUAUUUUCUAAAUCCUGCCGUUGGUAAGAUGAUGCGUACACAUUGGUUUAAGAUACCAACUCCUCUCCCUGACAACUAGCAUGUUCUUUUCAUCCCCCUCCUUCUCUCUCAUCCGUCGUUCUCUUCCUCUAGCGCAGCUGAAAAUAAAGAAUAAAGCAAACCAACAGAAUCACACAGAGGGAAGAUAAGGUCAUCUAUAGUUUACCUCUACACUGACACAAUGACUGUUCUGAAGGGAGAGGACAGAACUUUACAGAUCAAUAGUCUCCUCAUACAUGACUGAUGGUUUAAUCAGGGAGCUGUGUGUGUUUUUGUUUGCCUCGUUCCCUCCAUCUAUCCCUCUCUCCUCUCUUAUCUCUUCUGCCCGGUUGGCCCUCAGCUAUCAGACAGGCCUCUGAUGAUCAGGAAGAGAUUCAAUCACACACCAGUCUCUAAGCUUUCCCUUUCCUUUGCCACUUCUUUCUCUAUCCUCUUCUGCUUGUUCUUGUUCUAGCUCAAACUAGCUUUUGCUGUCCCCAUGGUGAGGUGUCCGUCUGAUUGGCUGCUUAGUUGGGUCACUAUGUUCCAGACAGACUGUCUAUGGGCUGUCUUACUGCUUUGUUUACUUUCUUAAGUUAGGCAAAAAUAUGUUCCAGAACCGUCUAGUAGUCUUACCUGUCCCAUCGGUAGCAUACGUCAUUCUCACACACCGUCACAGAGCCAACACACAAACCUCCCACAUGACACACAACACAAAUUCACUUGCUGUGAUGUAGAUGUGUGUCAUUAUAUAUAAUACACUCAGCCUCAGGGUGGACUUGACUUCCUGCUAUUAUGAUUAGUUUAUUUACACUACUGUAAAUAGACGUCUCUAUGGGAAUACCAAGCUGGUUUCCUGUCCUGUGUUGGCUUGUAUUCCCUAGGCUGUGUUUGCCUGUGUGUGUGAUCAGAUGCUAUGGUCCCAGUCGUCCUAUGGUUUGUUUUCUGACUCACUGUCUGAUUUGACACACACAUGCACAUACACACGCACGCACACACAUAACCUUUCUGAAUGGCUCUGACACAACACCCAUCAUUGUUGAGUGUGAGUCAGGAUUGUUGUUGAUGUGACCUGAGUUGGUCUGACCUGCCCUGACCCUGCCUCAUAGGGAGAAGGUGGACUUGUUGAUUUGGAUGUUGAUCGGAUAUGACUGUAGCAACAGCUGCCGUGCCUGGUGUCCACUAAAUACAAUACAAAACAACAUAAUGUUGUUGGCUCAGGAGAUGUGGGGAGUGUCUCCUGGUCUGGUGUUGGUUUAGCAGAUGUUUGUCUGUCUGUCUGUCUGUAAACAUGGUCAGGGUUAAGGACAGACUCACAGACAGUCCUCUCUGCCUGACUCUUCUUCUACAGAUCUGCAAUCUUAAUUUGACCAGUUUCUCACAGCAGGAAAAUAAUCCUGCAGCAACAGGAAAUGUGAAUUAUUAUGUAGAUUAUCAUUCAUGGACAUUUUUGUAGGGGUUGAUACAUUUUUCGCUAUGGCAAAUCAAGUCUGGCAUUUUAAAGUGGAAAUUACAGAAACUUUAGAAGCCUUUUUAACCGAUUUCCAUUUUCUGUAGUGCAGAACAAUUCACUGCGACAACAGAGUAAUCAAAUUAAGAUAGUACAUCUGUACAUCACUCUCUCCUCCUCUCCUUCUCUCCUCUCUCCUCCUCUCUCCUUCCCUCUCCUGUCACUCAAAUCUCUUCAUAACAGUACCUCCAGCCAUGACAUGCUAUUCAACCUAUACAUUAUUGUUAAUGGAACAGCAUGAAUUUUAAUUUGAUUUAAUUAUUUGAUUUAGUUUCUAAUCUGAUAAAGGUUGCAGUAUUGAAAAUUAUAGUAUUUUUAAGAGAAAAUAAUAAUGUAAGUAUAUGAACAUUUAUGCUUGUUUUGUUAUAUAAUCAUAUUGUUAAGAGAUGUCACAUCUAAAACGUAAAUAUAGAAUCUACACUUUAUGGUUUUAUUUUCAUUUUGCUUAAAGCCCAUCCAACAUACAUACAGCUAUAUUGACUUAAUUCCUUAGAAACAGUGCAAACAGUCAUAUUGGGAAAUCAUCAGACUGGUCUGUAUGAUAAAGUAAACAUUACAUUGUGUGUGGCUUUCCUUUCACUGGGGAGAGCUUGUCCAUAACACACAGCAACAGAACGGGUUUGUGGGUAGUCCCUUCUCUCCACAGGUAUUUCCUUAUGGGGAGACCUGUGGUGCGUGUGUGUGUGUAUUUGUGUGCGUUCGUACAUGCUGUGUGCGUGCGCGUGCCCGUGUUGGUGUGUGUGUUGGUGUGUGUGUGUGUGUGCAUGGGGAAAUGUGCUUUACAGCCUUUUGUUUUUCGCUCUGUGCAGCGUGUUAUUUUAUACUCUUGUUUUCUCAAUAAUAACAUAUUCUCUGGGCAGGCAGACAGAGUUGUCAGCUGAGAGGAGGGAGAGACGAAGUAGGGAUGUUAUUAUUUCUGUUCCAAGGCUGACCAGCUCUCUGUGGGGACUGUAUUGUGUCCCAUGUUACCCCCCUCAUCACUAGUAGUUUAGGCACGGCCAGUGUUCCAACGGCUAACCAUCCAUAUCCUUUCUCUCCCCUUCUCCCCCCCUCUCCCAGGCCAGCUAACCUGCUCCUGGACAGGAGUAGUUCAGAGGUGGUUCAGUCAUUGGGAACCAUGGGGGAUUGGCUGGACAACGUGAGGUCUCUGCCCUUUAAGGAGGCCUUCUCUGGGGUCAGCUACAGCUCCUGUGACACCCUGCCCAAGACCUCCGCAGAGUAAGGCUGCUUCUUAUGACGCUCUGUAGUAACACUCAGAUUCACACUUACAGGACUCACUGAAGACUUGCUGAGGAAGCAAUGGUCAAUUUGAAUUUCAGUUUUUUUGGCUUGUCCAACCAGCAAAAAAAAUGUAAGUUGUUGUAUAAGAUGAUUUAGGUUUGCAUAUGGGCAUGAUCUAAUAUUUGACGAGAUAUGGGAAUACCUUGACAUUUUUGGGUCUGAGUGCAACAGGCUUAAAACAGGACUUUUCCCUGAGAAAGUCUCUCAUGCCACAGCAACCCAGAUUGAAUACACCCCACCCCCACUGAGACGCCAACAUGUUUACAAUCUGCUCCCAUUACUUGGAGGCACCGCUGUGGGUCUAAUCUGUUAACCAUGGAUAGCAGGAUUUGAUUGUAAUCUUUAAUGACAGAGCUUUAGCCACGCUCACUGGUACACACACACACACACACACACACACACACACACACACACACACACAGAGUGUGAGAGAGAGCGAGAGAGAGACUCUCUAAGCUCCAGUUCUGACAGGAUCUACAGCCUGUGAACAGCUUUAGUAGAGUGGAUCUGGCAGAAUCUACGAUCACAACCCCAAUGCACCCCCGUCCAACUCAUAGCAACCUCUCUCUCUCUCUAAUAAUAAACCUCCAUUUGGGCUACCGGCUCCUCCAUGUUGCUCAUAUGGGCUUCAUGGGAAAUGCAGUGAUUUGGCCCGCUAGAGGUUUUCUCUCUCUGUCCCUUUCUUUCUCUCUCAUUUUCCUUUAUUUCUUUCCCUCCUUCCCUCUCUCUCAGCGGAGGAUAUGGCCUUUGGGGACCUGCUGUUGUGUUAAUUGAUGAGGUAUUUGACAGUGUAAAUAAUGUGACAGUUAUAAUCAGGCUGAUCAAAGCGGAGGUCUCCCUAACCCUCUGUCUCCCUAACCCUCUGGACUCGACAGUGACUACAAAGCCUAACAAAAGGCCCAGGAAGUAAUUACCACAUUGCCUUUUGUUCUGAUGUCAAUAUAAAUAAUAAAAUGCAAAUAGUGUAUGAAAUUUCCUCCUCACCAUGGCCUAGUUUAAUUGCCUGAGAGAGAGCCUGAUCUGUCCAACAAUGAACUCUCUUUCGCUAUUGCUCUCUCUCUCUCUCGCUCUCUCUCUCUCGUGCUUUCUCUCUCUUUUUUGCAUUUUUCUCAGAACAUUUAAUCAAUGAAUUAAUGUCAUCAAUUAAGGAAUCCUUUUAACCAAUCACUACAGAGGCACAAAAAGGCUUGCUUUGCAGACUCAGUAGAAAACCAUGUACAGUAUUGAUGGAAUACAUCACAGAUCAACUGUACAGCCUACACAUCGUUUCUGCUAACAGGAUCAUUAUAAAGACAUUUCUGAUCCACCCCUUUUGGAUCAUAACUGGAUAAAACCAUGAAUAGGAUCAUAUGCGUGUUUUAAUCCUCUGAGGGUAUAGCCCUGACACACAGACAGACCAGUCCCGGACCGGAGGAUACAUCAGUCUAUUGAUUAGUAGUGUCUUAAUCCAGUUCUUUAUAUUCAGCAGGAGACUACCCACCCACGCUCUGACUCUGACCUCUGUUUGUCUGCCAGAGUAAUCAAACCCUCAUACCGCUCCUCAAUCCAUUGACACAGCAUACUUAUAUACACUCUUAGAAAAAAGGAUUCCAAAAGGGUUCUUCGGCUGUCCCCCUCUGUUGAUAGGGUUCUACAUCGAACCCAAAAGGGUUCUACCUGGAACCAAAAAGGUUCUACCUGGAACCAGAAAGGGUUCUUCAAAGGGUAUCCUAUGCGGACAGCCGAAAAAACCUUUUAGGUUCUAGAUAGCACCUUUUUUUCUAAGAGUGUAGCUACUGAUGAAUUGACAAAGAUGUUGGUUUAAAAUUGAGGUUCUGGUAGUUCUGAGGCUGGGUGGUCCAGCCUGAGGCAUCAGACUUCCUCCCCUCUCCCAUUUUCUUUACUGUCUCUCUGCCUCACUUCUAGUGACACACAGCAGCAGGAAUCAAGUCUCUGUAUGCUCUCACAGUGAAGGGCCUCUUCAGAGUUCUAGAUGAGACAGUCCUUUCUGUCUGACUGGCAGGAAGCUGCUCACUGUAAACACUUCCAACAUAUCCAUUAAGGUUCUCAUUGGUCAUGUGUCAGAGGAGGAAUAUGGCGGUCAGGAGUUUGGGCCCUUGUCUACUUAAACCUGAUAGAUGAUGAGCUUUAAAACACUUUAAAACACUUCAAAAUGGAAGGGACAAAACGUGGUCAUUUGUUUUUAUCCAUUUUAUUGUAUGAGUCAUUCACCGCCUAGACUGUUUUUUUUUAAUGUCAUACUUUAUGUAUUCAUGUUUUAUGCAGUUUAUUAUGUUUUGAUUUGUCACAUGUUGUUCAUGGUGUUAACGCUGUGUACCCAUACACCUUUUUGAGAGACUGUUGCCUGUAUGGCUGUGUGAACUUAUAUUCACAUUCCCUGGCCCUGCGUCCUGCAUGUGUGUACUGUAGAAUCUGCCUGACGGAGGUCCAGCACCACGUCACAGCAGCCACCUGCCCAGAGUGGGAGCCUUCCAUGGGGAUCACCACCCUCUAACCCCCCCUCCUCCUCCCUUCAUACUCCAGAGACAACGGAUGGUGGGUGGACCGCAGUACACUGACUGGCUGCCCUCCAAACUAGAACCCCCUGCUUGCAUCCAAAUAACUUUUCCUAAGGACUUUUCAUUUAUUGUUUCAUGUGCAUCCUACAGAGUAGCAGAGAAGCCUGUUGCACUAAAACUGAAGCUCAAUGUGAAACCAAAGCUACAGUAUGUUAACUGAGUGGGUUUGAGCUGUGCUGUUUCUAACUCAGAUCUGCUUCACUAAUAUGCUUCUAUAACAACAGUCACCCACAGGAGAAGAGCUGAAGAUGUCUUGUCCACUGCUGUACCCUAAUAUCACACUGCUGUACCUAAUAUCACACUGCUGUACCCUAAUAUCACACUGCUGUACCCUAAUAUCACACUGCUGUACCUAAUAUCACCAUGCUGUACCUAAUAUCACCAUGCUGUACCUAAUAUCACCAUGCUGUACCUAAUAUCACCAUGCUGUACCUAAUAUCACCAUGCUGUACCUAAUAUCACCAUGCUGUACCUAAUAUCACCAUGCUGUACCUAAUAUCACCAUGCUGUACCUAAUAUCACCAUGCUGUACCCUAAUAUCACCAUGCUGUACCUAAUAUCACACUGCUGUACCCUAAUAUCACCAUGCUGUACCUAAUAUCACCAUGCUGUACCUAAUAUCACCAUGCUGUACCUAAUAUCACCAUGCUGUACCUAAUAUCACCAUGCUGUACCCUAAUAUCACCAUGCUGUACCUAAUAUCACCAUGCUGUACCUAAUAUCACCAUGCUGUACCUAAUAUCACCAUGCUGUACCUAAUAUCACCAUGCUGUACCUAAUAUCACCAUGCUGUACCUAAUAUCACCAUGCUGUACCUAAUAUCACCAUGCUGUACCUAAUAUCACCAUGCUGCUACAUACAGUCCACUAGAUGAAAGAUAACACACUCUUUUAAGUUGUGUGUGUCUUUAUAACAUGAUGUGUGUAACCCAUGCUGUGUGCCUACGUUGUGACAAAGCUUGCCAUAACCAUUUUGUUUUAUUAUGCAUUUAUUAUCCACCUAUUUGUACCAGUGCUGCUCCCUUCCAAAGACACACACACACACACACACACACACAAACACACACACACACGCACUACACACACACACCACUUCAGACUAAGCAUGACAAUAUACCAACAACUGCUCAAGGCCACUCUCCCAUCAGCUGACUAGUGAGCUCUGGCAGCCCAUCGGCCUUCUGGGAAAUGUGGUCCUCUGUGAUUGACAGGCCAGCGGAAGGGGGAGGGGAGGGGCAUCACUGACGGCAUGCCAUUAAUGUCACUGUGUCACACUAAAGCACUAACUCUUUAUUUCUCAUUCUCAUUCUCUCUCUCCCCCUCCUCUCUCUUUCUACAGGGACCUAAAGAAGGUUGGUGUGACUAUCGUCGGACCCCAGAAGAACAUUGUGAGCAGCAUCAAAGCACUAGAGAGCCACAGUAAGAACGCCCCUGUCCCAGUGUAACUCGACUGAGCCACUACAGACUGGCUGUCUGGCUGUCUGGCUGUCUGGCUGACUGGCUGACUUGCUGACUGGCUGCCCUCUGGGCCCCGUUCCAAUCUGAAUGAAGCCCCUCUGCCCCGUUCCAUUCUGAAUGAAGCCCCUGUGGGCCCGUUCCAUUCUAAUGUAAAGCUUCUCCCCUUCAGUUCCUCCCUCCACUCCAGUGAGACCUCUGUGAACGUUUCAGUGACGUUCCUUCCACAAGGGAGCCCUCCCCUUGCAUGGGGUAGUGAUGGGGAGAGGAGGGGCUCAUUGGAUUAGAACAGCCCUCUGAUCUCUCUAACAUACAAGAAGGAAGUUCCAAACUAAAGGAGGAAGUAGACGUUAGAAAAGUGGUGCAGCGGAGGGCGACUGCCCUGGAGAUUGAUUAUGUCACCAUGUUGUCAUGCCCUGACACUGAACACAGGGCAAGCAGUCAGACUGACACAACAACUGUUCGACGCGCCACAUCAAUGCUGAAAUGCCUUACUGAGAACAGGAGAGGAGGGGAGAGAACCUGGCCUUGGACCUUGGGGGCAUGGCGAUAAAGGGCUGGAGCUGGGAUUGGAUAACGUGGGACAGCAGGGCCCUGUGUGUGACCUAUAGUGGUAAGGGGCUCGUUGAGAACUGAUCCAAUCGUGAUCUGAUCCUGUGGAUUUGACUGACAGCUCUUUAACUCUGGAGAGGGGGACAUUAAAUGCCUUGAGUAUAAUAAUGCAGUCAGCAGCAGCACCAACCCACUCACAACAUCCUGGAGCAGACAGAAGCAGACCUGGAGAUUCAUUCAUGAACUCUGA